ACAGCGACAAGAGCAGACGCGCGUGCCAGUCCAAAACAACGCGAAGACGGCACACUUUCGGCGCGGCUGCCGAUCGCACGAACAUCGCGUGCCCUGCGGAAUCGUGCGCCGCACGGAAACAACCUCCGUCGAACAGUCCGGAAACCGACGAAAGCGGCGCGGUGUCGUCGAUUCUCUCGUGAAGUGUGCGGCGUUCGAGUGAACUGCGGCCAGUCUGGAACGACGCACCAUCUGCUGCGACGGCUACGUCCGUGGGAUUCAUUCGGAACGGACCGAGCGACAACGCGUACAUCGUUGCCGGAGAGCUGCACGUUCGGCGUGUGCCGAGGCGCGUGGGUGUGUGCGCUCAGUUUUACGCAAACAAGCGUCGCCUUGUUUGUCGUGUUUCGUGAGCUUGGGUGGAGGCCGCUUUCAAGGUUAAUGGAUGCCGAGUGUUGGUUGUUGCCGGGGCAUCUCGGCUGCCCGUGUCGCAUCGCCGUGGUCGCGGAAGUGAAAACGUGUUCUCCGCGCGAUUAAUUGGAGCGGCGACAGGAUGGGCCCGCUGGGUGACGCCGAGGCAGCUUCGACCGUCGCCGAGGAUUCCGACGACUCUGUAAAGUGGGAGGAUUUUUUCGGGCCGUCCCUGGAGAUCAGCGGCUCGCUGCUGGCCAUGUACGACAGCCUGGCGUCGAGGACGCGAGCCGAGCACCUGUCCGGCCAGUCGGCCCAGCCUCCCCAGCAGCGGGGACAGCGGCCGGCCCUGCCGUGCCAGCAGGGCACUCCGCUAAAGCGAUCCCACACCCACCCGGCCCCGCUGCGGGAGCAGCAGCUCCGCGGUGGGCGGCCCCUGAGCUCGAGCUCCGAGUGCUCCUCGUCCUCUUCGUCGUCGUCGUCGUCCUCGCUGCCCAGAGGGCUGGACGUGAAGAAGUCGUACCUGGCGAGCAUCGAGAGCCUGGAGGAUGACGACGCGGGCCCCGGGUGUCGCUCCGGCCGGAGCCCCGCGGCCACGGCCCAGCUGUCGUGCAGGGUCCGUUCGUCGGGGCCCUGCCCGCACCGGGCCCCGGGGUCCCAGCCCUGCCAGCAGGACGAGGCGACGGGCGCGCCGGGCUCCGACGGCAGGGCCGCCGGGCCCAGCUACCUGGACAGGGUCCUGCAAGAGGUCGUGGACACCGAGAGGACGUACGUCCGGGACUUGGCUGCCAUCGUCCAGGGCUACCUCAAGCCAAUAUCUGAAGCCGCAGAUGGCAAAAUCAGUCAGGAUGACCUGAGCAACUUGUUUGGGAACAUCGAAGAUAUCUAUUCAUUCAAUAGCACAUUCCUGGAGCAGCUGGAAACCUGCGGGUCCAACCCGGUUUCCAUUGCGGGAUGCUUCGUGGCAAACAGCGACGGAUUCUCGGUCUACUCAGAGUUUUGUACAAACUACCCACGGACGGUGUCUGUUCUGACAGACCUGGUGAGAAAAACAGAAACAGCAGAAGUCAUCAAGGCUCGCCAAAUCUCGCUGCACCACAGCUUGCCUCUGGGCUCCUAUUUGCUCAAGCCCGUGCAGAGGAUUCUCAAGUACCACUUGUUUCUACAGAAUAUAGUCAAGCACCUGGACAAGGAGAGUGAGGGCUACCCCGACGUGAAGAACGCCCUCUCGGUGAUGACCGGCAUUGCGUUCCACAUCAACGACAUGAAGCGGCGGCACGAGCACGCCGUCAGGGUGCAGGAGAUACAGUCGCUGCUUUACGGCUGGCAGGGCAAAGACCUGACGACGUACGGAGAGCUGGUGGCGGAGGGCUCCUUCCGGAUGCUGGGUGCGAAGGCCCUGCGGCACCUCUUCCUCUUCGACAAGGUGCUGCUCAUUGCCAAGAAGAGGGAGGAAGGCAUCCUCAACCACAAGACACACAUCAUGUGCUCCAACCUGAUGCUCAUAGAGAGCAUCCAGGGUGAACCCCUCUGCUUCCAAGUGGUGCCUUUCAACAGUCCCUGCAACCAGUACUCCUUCCAGGCCCGUAGCCUGGAGCAGAAGCGGGAGUGGUGCCUCCAGCUGAAGCGCGCCAUCAUGGAGAGCUUCAGUGCGGUCAUCCCCAGCCACGCCAAGCAGCUUGUCCUCGAGCUGGGACAGACCAAGAGCCAGAAGGAUCUGUCGUGCGACAAGGGUUCUGUGAAGAAGUCCCUUUCGGCACCUGAGUACCUGAAGAAGCGCAAGUACGACAGGCGCAAGUCUGAGACCAGCCUUCAGAAAGCCUUCAGGCUACGCAGGGGUCUGAAAAAGGGUUUCUCGCAAGAGCUGUGCUGCACGUGCAGCUGCCACCUGGGCCCCUCCGGGCCGACGAGGAGGGCCAGCGCGGGAGCCUUGGGACUCCCAACACGUUGCCCCCGGUGUGUGUGCUCCUGCCAGGCAUCCACCUGCGCCGGGCCCUCCGGUCGCCUGUUACCCAUAAACAGUGCUCCGACGACCCCGCUACUCUCGACGUCGGCCGGCACGCCCAACAGUGCCGGUUUCCCGCGCUCCCCGGACACCUGGCGGCGCUGGGAUCCCGGUGACACGAGUGACACCGAAAACGAAGACAAUCCGUACGGCACCGUAGACGUGCGGCGCCUCCUGCGCUACCGCCCACCCGCCCCCAGCGCCCGCGCGCAGUCAUGCACCACGGAGGACUCGUCCGGGGAGUACGUCACCUUCGAGUUUGCCAACAGUCAUGCGCGACGCGAACUCUCCGCCACCUACGGGAGCGAGGGAAGCCUGUCCAACUGCUGUUCCACCGACACGCCCGACUACGCCAACCUCUGGGCGAGGCUGGGGAAUGCGGCGCGGAAGGCGCCGGAAGAAAUGGGCGCCAAGCCGUCCGUGCGGCGGACGCGGAGCUUCACAGAGAUGGCCCGCACGAAAGUCGGCUCGCUGCUGCCGAAGAGGGCGGCGGUUCCAGCCGUGUUGUCCGAGCUCCACGGCUCGCUUUCCGAGCUCGCUGCGAACGGAGUCCAGAACCCCACGGCCGCGGCGACAUGGCUGGACCGCCUGGGAGACCACCUGCCGACCGGCGGAUGCAGUCGGUGCGGAUCGCUGCCCCGUGGCUUCCAGCUUGCGCCAGACGCGCCUCGAGAGCUGUCCAAGACCCAGCAGCUGCGGACGCGCGCCGAGCACCUCAGGCUGCAGCAUCCCGAGCAACGUCCCUUUACGAUCGCCUCGGACAAGCCAGACAAGGUGGACUUCCUGGACGACCCCGAGAGGUACCAGGAGGUUGCGCAACUCGGAGUGCGUCGCCAGUUGCGCGAGGGACAGGGGACUACGACCGGAUGCUCGACGACACCAGCCGCGAGUGUGGAGAGUGUUUCUGCGUCGCCCGUCCACCCGGAGCACAAGAUCUACCGCCAGGACGAAGGCCGCUCUUGGAAGAGCGUACUCUCCGGGUUCGGCUCCCGCUUCAGCCAGCUGCGCUCCAGCCUCUCCCCUAGUCACGAGGACGCGCCCGUCUCGGCCGAGUCCGCGGAGGACAAGGGGCGGAGCGCAAGGCUCGAGCGCUUCCCGAGUCGCGAGAGCGUCCGCACCGUCGACUCUCGCACCUCCCAGUCCAAGAAGAUCCUGACCUCGCUCAGCAGAGCUUACGCCAGCGUGGUGCGGUCCGCCAGACCGCCCGACCCAACCAGCCCGAGGUUGCACCGGAUCCAUGGCAGCGCAGCUGCGGCGGCCCGCAUAGCGCGGCAGAGGGAGCCAGACUAUUUCGCACCCAAGACCAUCCUGGCACUCCUGUCCAAGGACAUCCGGCCGGACAGCGUCCUCUCGGGCUCGUCAAACCGCACGUCCUCUUCGUCGAGCGACACGGACAAGCUCGCGGAGGCGACGCGGAGCCUGGCAAUCCACGAGUCGUUUGUGGACCUCGGGGACGACGCCGAGUCGGACGACAGCGACGCCUCCGCGGACAGCUACUACGAGAGGACGUUCGAGGCCAUCGAGAACGUCCUGGCCGAAGAGAUGUUCAGGGAUUCUGCCAUCUACAGUGACCCCGAAGACGCGGACGCCAGUGCCGGCGAGUACGCCUACGAGAAGUCGGUUGUUGUGGAGUCCACCGGCGAACCCUGUGCCCUGAGCACGCUGUGCGUGCGCAAGGUGAAGGGCGCCAUCGUGGAGAAGCUGAGGGUGCUCCAGGAGAACUCGACGUUCAAGACGGAUGAAGCGGCCAAGCCAGCGGUGGAAGGCUUCAAGUCGAUCCAGCAGCGCAGGAUGGAACUGGAGCGAUGGCGUCGUCAGCGGGGCGAGGAAGCCGAAGACCGGGAGGUUCCGCACGGGGAGGACCCGCCGGCGACGGACACUUCGUCGCAGUCCAAGGGUUGGGUCAAGCAUCUCGUGGACAGGUUUCAGACCGGAACGUGACCAGACGCGUUUCUCCGAAUGUCGUGCCAAAAACUGACCGCAGGGUCGACAGCCCAGCCAAACUCCUUUUCUUUCUGGCCACUUUUUUUCCUCAGUCUGGUAACACUCCUAGUCACAACUCCUCGGCCAGGGUGCAGCCAUUUCUCGGCCAGUGUGCAGCAGUUUUGAAAGCGGCAUGGAGACGAGGCGUGUCGCAGCCGUACAUUUAGCGGUUUUGCGGAAACCAUAUUUUUGUGCAUGUUGCCACUCUUCUGGGAGCAUUUUUUGCAGUUGCAACGCUUACCAUGUCUGCCACCGUCGAGUGCCAUGGUUCUUCAAGCCCUCCGUUUGUUGUCUGCUUUCUCACGCUCGUUGGCUUUCCUCGGCGCCCCUAGGUCGGCGUCCCUUUUAUGAGAAACGAAACCCGCUCGAAUGCAGGCUUCGCCCAUGUUCCUGAGGCAGUUACGCUGGUCUGAGAGUAGUAUUUAUCCAUAAACAGAUGAGCUAUUUAGCUGGUGGAAAGAGAGAGCAAGAGUGACAUAUUUUUUCAGCGUGAGUUGCAAUCCUGUGUGGCUGCCUUCAACUUCCUAAUGGUCUCGAGCGAAAAAUCGGUAGAAAGUUGCCCCCUUCCCAGUGCCUCGGCCGAGGAAGGUCGUCCAAAGAUCCGGAGGACAAGCAAUGUCAAACACCGGGCAGAAGAGCCAAACCCCAAU